AUGACACCUAGAAUUCAGAAUACAUUCUGCUCUCAGGGCAACUGGUCUCCAGAAAGUCCAGAGAGAUAUGUCACAAGGUUGCCUCUAAAAAUGGCGGCCGACGUAAACAUCAGCGAAAUAGAAAUAUUAAUUUUCUGUAAUGAUGAUUUACGUCUGGCAACAUAUCUUGUUGCCAUGUUACGAAAAAAAGACGCCCGAAAUAUUCGAUUAUGUUACCCUUCACACCUGCCACAGUAUGCGAAUAUUAUGGAUGCGAUCGGGAUCCCAGGUUGUUGGGAAACACAGGCUCAAUAUGAAUGGAGUGUAUCUAAUGCGGUUGUAGUUAUAAGUAUGUUAUAUAAUAAUUUUGAAAAGCAGGAAAUGCUUCUCAAUGCGUGUAUUAGCCAAAAUGUUUCCUUAUACAUUACCUGGGACUCUGGCAUGGAGCUGGAACCUUAUGUUUCGGAUAAACGAUGUCCGCGAACUCGAUUGCAUAAACGUUUAAUCGAUCACCAGGCCAAAGUAGACAAAAAUCAAGGAUCAAUGCGAUGGAUCUUAUUUCAAGUGGGUAUUUUUGACGAAGAAGUGCUUAAACACGAUAUUUCAACCAUCACAACGGCUUUCAACAGUCCAAAUCAAUAUAUCUUUCUAAAUGUUACGGUCAAAGAAGAUUUGGCACAGUUGGUUGCCGAAGCAAUCUCGUCAGAUAAAGUCCUACCCAAUAGAAAUUAUGUAGUCGGAGAUUUUGUCGCUCACACUUUCCUUGGUCACGUCUAUCAAGUUGCAAAUAACGGUAACUCUCUGCCUUCUUUAUCUUCAGAAAUUUCUUGUUUUUUUCCUCACCAUCUUUUUGAUUGUUCAGGAAUGCAAUUGGAUAAUAACAUGCCCGCCGACAUAUCUGAGUUUGAAACAACAAACCAAUUACGAAUCGAGAUUUCUUUUCAGCACGAUGCCACGAUUUAUCGACUGCUGAAGCAUCAUAAGC